AUGUUAGUUUUAUCUAUAAUCCAAGUUUUAGUUAUUUAUCUUUCAACCAUCACUGCAGUUGUUGAAGCUAGUCCAAUCUUAGCUGAAAGAUUUGAUGCUAAUGGUAAUCAUACAAGACCAAGACCAAGACCAAGACCACCACAUCAUAAUUCCACUGCUGGAUUUGAAAAGAGAUUUGAUAGUUAUGGUAACCAUACAAGACCAAGACCACCAUAUCACAAUUCCACUACUGAAUUAGACAAAAGAGCUAAUAACAAAUCACCAUUCACUGAAGGGUUUGCUUUAAGUGCUAUUCGUUCAGGUUCUCCUUUACAAUAUCAAUUGGUUACUGUUUCACGUGCUCAACUGUUUUUAAGUGGUAAUGCUUCAGAUCCUUAUAGAUUUUUAGGUUUCUUAGAACAAGAUGGUGCUUUAGUUGUUAUUCCAGAUCCAACUAGAUACUAUCCAGAAUCUACUGAUGAUUCAAGCAAAUUAUUUUUGAAUCGUGAUAUUGCAACUGGUAAAUUGUUAACAACCUCAACUAGAGAAACUUCAUUCAGUGUUAAAGAUGGUCAUUUACUUUAUAAAGGUGAAGAUAGUUUUAGUGUUGUUCCUGAAGAUAAGAGAGGUUAUUCUUAUUCUUUGAGAGUUGGAUCCAAUCAAACUGAUGGCAUUGGUAUUGCUUUAAGAACUGUCACACAAAGUGGUGGUUCCAUUGGCAAUUAUCCAUGA